UGAUCCCUCGCCCCUGAGGCUGUCGGACUGACUGAUCCUGUCUGCAGCCUCGCUGACUGACAGCAGAGCGGGAUGUCAGACAGCGGGAACCAGUCCUGUCUGAUGGGAGCAGAGGACACCGUUUCCUUCCUGGUGUGUGUGUUUCAUGCAUGGGAGGAGUGGGCAGACCUUGGUCAGGUGGAGGACUACCUAAGUGUCUUGGAGUAUCUGCUGUGGGUCUUCACUCCUCUGGCCAUCGUCUUCAUCCUGCCCUUCCUCAUUGUCAUCCUUCUAUACCUGUCUAUACUCUUCCUUCAUGUCUAUAAGCGGAAGAAUCAGCUGAGGGAAGCUUACUGCAACAACCUGUGGGAUGGAGCCAGGAAGACCCUGGCUACUCUGUGGGAUGGACAUGGAGCCAUAUGGCACGGCUAUGAGAUCCAUGGGAUGGAGAAGAUCCCCGACAAAGGACCAGCACUGAUAGUGUACUAUCAUGGAGCCAUUCCCAUCGACUACUACUACUUCCUGGCCAGAGUGAUCAUUCAGAAGGGACGGACCUGCCACUCUGUCGCCGACCACUUCCUCUUCAAGAUCCCAGGUUUCAAGUUACUUUUAGAAGUGUUCAGCGUGAUCCACGGUCCUCAGGAAGAGUGCGUGCGGGCUCUGAGGAACGGCCACCUGCUGGGGAUUUCUCCGGGAGGGGUGCGGGAGGCUCUGUUCAGCGAUGAGACCUACCCUCUCUUCUGGGGCAAACGCAAAGGCUUCGCCCAGGUCGCCAUCGACUCUCAAGUGCCAGUAAUCCCAAUGUUCACUCAGAAUGUGCGGGAAGGCUUCAGAUCUCUGGGAACACUCAGAUUUUUCCGUUGGGUUUAUGAGAGGUUUCGUCUUCCCGUAGCCCCCGUUUAUGGUGGAUUUCCUGUGAAGUUUCGGACCUUCCUCGGCGAUCCCAUCCCGUAUGACCCCAAGAUAAAUGCUGCAGAGCUGGCCGAGAAAGUGCAGCAGGCAGUCCAGUCUCUGAUAGACCAGCACCAGCAGAUCCCAGGAAACAUCCUGAGAGCCUUGUUGGAGAGAUUCCACACCAAACACAAAGAACACUAACAUCAGCAGUAUGACAGCAGAGACCAACUGUGUGUCCGGCGUGUGACCAAACGAGAGAGACGUGGGGCUCAGACGGCUGCGGGCGUGCACAGGUUUGGUGGCCUAAACAAUGUUGGAGGAUUUGCUGAGGUUCCUUUUUACAUGCGUGUUGUUUUUAAUCGCACGUUUCUGAUGUGGAUUUUUGUGUGCACGUUGAUUCCCUUUCCCGUCUGAUGAUUCCCAGGAUGAAUCUGUUUUUAAUCAUACCUCAAAUACACUAAAUAAAAAUACCUGUUUUUUUUUUUUUUCCAGCACACACGUACACAACAUCACAUUUCUUGUGACAUUAGAUGGAAUUGGUCGUAGCUGUUCUCAGUUAUUAAACGUGCGGGAUUCAGGCAAUUUAUUUAUUGAAAAGUAUAUUUAGGUCAGUAAGAGAUUGGAUUUAUUGUCCAUACCUAUGAAUUGCAGUGACUGUGCAGACAAAUACUUGUAAUGUUCAACGGCACUUUGAGUUUGCACAUCUGGAGUUUCACUUGACGGGGAGCAAACAGUUGGAAGACAGAGACAGAGACAGGCAGAGCUGGACGUGAUGGUUCAGGCCGGUCCUCUGCGAACAGCUGUCUGGUUUACGCCUUUAAAGGUGGAGUUUUGUGUAUGAACCAGUGUCACACUGGCCUCAGGGUACAGGAGUGUGAUGACAGGGUGUAGAUGAGAUUAACAUGCGUGUACAGUCCCACACCUAUGACAGAAAAACAGCAUUAUCACACAGUGUUUGUUCUAUUGACUGCACAUCAAUUCCACUGUUUUUUUUUUUUCCCCAAAUCUUUUAAUUCAUGGAUAUAAUUAUUUUUUGGGGGGUCUCCAUCUUAAUUACUUAAUUAAUCUUUAAAGAGAAUCGGGUAUGGGACAUUAUAGGGACGUGGAUAAAAUUGGCUGGCAGGUGUUUUGUCCACACAGUUUCUGGGACCAUUUGCAGCAGAUGCGUUGUCUCCACAUUCAAUCCAAAAGUAAAAUCUGCAAAAGCAGCCUGAGGGCCUUGACUCAUCUCUUGGUCAUUUAUGAAGCUAUAGUUUAUGUUGUUGUUAUGAAGUGUCCAUUUUUUUUCCCAUUGUUCUACAAAUUAUCUGUUGAUAGUUUCCAAUAUAAUUGACCUUCAAACAGAACCAAAUCACAGAGACAUGUUCUAUAACUCCUGAUAUGACUGAUUCUACAGGUAAGGGAAAUUUUAAAAGCUGCUGAAAUCAUUUAUCUUUCUUUCUUUUCUUUCGUCAGUGAGUCGUCCACUGUUACCUGAGUGAUUAUUUCUGAAAUAUCCAGGUGUAUCUUAAAUCUGCAGGUAAAUCCAGACUCUACAGUCUGUCAUACCUUUAAUAUUUGGAUUUUGUGUUCUUACCUGUUGCCAGUGGACCAGAAGCGAGAGCAACCAGCUUGUUCUGAAACCAGUAGUUGACUGACACAAAAUGAAUCAACAGCAGUUGCGGUCACUGCGAGAAUUAUGCUGCUUUUCACUGUUUUCUAACAUUGUAAACUGAACAUGUGAUAUUGGACUGUCGGUCAGAGAAAACAAUGCAUUAGAACUGCAAUGAUGCGCAUUUUACACUGUUUUUACUGAUUGAAUUGCUUCAUUGAUUCAUUAAAAGAAAAAAAAUCAGUAGAUUCCUGAAAGUACUAAUGGAAAGUAAUGCUAAAUUGCAGCCGUAAAAAGUGCUUGUUGGAGCUGCAGGUGCCUUUUAUCCAUCAGUCAAACUUUGCGACUGACACACUAAGAUUAGCAAAGGAGGCAGAUUUAUGCACGCAGUUCAAAAUGGACUGAAACGAACACAAAGAGAUGAAAGGCGUUAAUGACGAUUUUAGCCGUUUAAGCAGAAGCCAGGCUAAAAAAGGCUGCUUUGAAAUUUAUGUUUGGUGCUGUUAGCAUUUUCAGCUCCGCUCACAGGAUGAGUCAGCUCAUCUUUUCAGGUAAAAAUGAUGGAGUUCCCCUUUCAAACAGCAUCUGAUCCAAACCUUCAUUAGAAGAGCUUUACCUAUUAUUAUUAUUCAUCACUGAGUUUU